AUGGAUGGAGUGAUCAAAUUUUACGAGCUUGCACCAUCGGUUGGUUCAACUCAUUAUUUUUCUCCGAAUACCUGGAAAACCCGCAUGGGUCUUCUGCACAAGGGUGUGAAAUUCGAAACAAUACCUGCAACUUUGCUCGAUUUUCGCGGUGAUCUAGCUAGACGUUCAAAUCAACCUAAGAUUUCUGCACCGGCAAUCGAAUUACCUGAUGGAACAUUUAUCUAUGAUUCAUUCCGUAUUGCUGAGUGGUUAGAAACUGCUUAUCCUAAUGCUCCAUCGCUGUUUACGGGCGAUGGAAAAUUAUCAUCUGAAGCUCGACCCGAACAUGUAACUAUUGGCAAGAACUAUGCACGUCUGACUGAUUUGGGGCUUGGUGCUUCUAAACCAGAAUGGGCUGUUUGGUUUGAUUUAUUCUUUUCUCAACUUGAUAAGUUAAUUGCAGGCGAUGAUCAUCGGGCAUAUUUUAUGUCUGAUGUGCGACACGGUCCGCAGGGAUAUCAAAAGUUAAUGGCACUUGAUCGUCAAGAAUACAUUCGUCGUGCUAAAAUGAAUAUACAACCUCUUGUACAAGUCUUGCGAGAACGUCCACAAGAAUACUUUCAAGGAACACAUCCGGGUCAAGUUGAUUACAUUAUCUUUGGUCGCUACGCUUAUUGUCGUACGCUUGAUGCAACACUAACCAAGGAAAUCUGGAAUGAUCAAGGAGAAGAAUUAAACGAUUGGAUAGAAAAACUUUGUCAAGCUUAUGAUGGACAUGCACAACAACUUUUUGACAGUUUACCUGUCAUUGAAUGA